AUGCCAAUUUCUUUAAAUUGUGUGACUGAGGAAGAUUUAAACAAGUUGGAUGAAGAAGGAAAUAAUCCUGUUUUAUAUAAAGGGGAUGAAAUUAAAUUUAUUUAUAAUAAGCUUAACUUAGGUAUAGGCAAAUUGUAUAUUUUAGAAAAAAGAAUAAUAUGGGUUCCAAAUAAAGAUGAGAAUAAUAAAAAAGAAAAAAUUACAGGUUUUAAAGAUAUAACAACAAAUAAUGUAUAUUUAAAUCAUUAUGAAAAAAAUAAAAAUUUUUAUAUGCACAUUUUAAACGAAUUAAACAACAUUUCUAUAGACUCAUCAAUUAUUGCAUUACAUGCAAUUACAUCUGAUAAAAAAAUAUGGGAUGAUCCAUGUGUAUAUAUACAAUUAAACACAGAAAUAGAUAAUAGUGAUAAUGAUGAAGAUGAAAUAAAUGUUUAUACAAAAGAUAAAAAAAUGUCAGAAAAUGGAGAAGAUGAUUCCGAUAAUGAUGAAACGAUUAAUAAUAAUCCAAUUGCACCAGAAAUAUAUCUCGUUGGAAAAAAUAAUCUAAUCAAUGAUACUAUAUUUAAACAAAUGAGUAACAUGGAAAAUACAUUUAGUGGAGAUCAAAGUGAGGAUGGUGAGUGGGAAGAAGACGAAGAAGAGGAAGAAAACGAAGAAAACGAAGACGACGAAAAAAACGAAGAAGACGAAAAAAACGAAGUAAAUAAACCAUGUGAAGGUGGGUAA